AUGGGAAACUAUUUUCCGGAUGAAAUCAUAGCCGAAAUUCUCAUAAGACUAGCCGUGAAAUCCCUUGUGAGAUUCAUUUGCGUCAACAAAGCAUGGUGCUCCAUCAUCAGUAACCCAAACUUUGCUUCGGCUCACGUCGCCCACACAAACCGUUCCCAUAACAAUAACACCGAUCAACCCACUCUCCUUCUAGCGGUUUCCUGUGAGGCUUUGGAGUAUGCCAAUCACCGCCGCAAAUUUACAACUACCGUCAUCACCCCUUGUCUUGGCAAACGAGUAAUAGAUGGACAAGACCAGUCAACCAAAUCAUUCGAUCUACACGAACAGUUGAAAUUCUCAUACAAAAGCUUGAAGCAUUUUGAGUUGGUCGGUUCCUGCAAUGGCUUAGUAUUAAUAAAGCGUUACAUCGACACCCUUCUUUUGUGGAACCCAUUGCUGGGAAAAUCUGUACCCCUGCCUAAACCCGAUAAUAUUGGAUACGAGGAGCAUCAGAUGCGUUCUACCGGUUGGGGAUUUGGGUUUGAUUCACAGACGUACGAUUACAAAGUGGUGAAAAUUGUUUUCUUAGAAAACAAUAGCGGUGAAAAACUUGAUUCUGUGGUUCAGGUUUUCUCACUCGCUACGGGGGAUUGGAAAAGCUUUAGAGUUGGUGCUCCUGCGUGCAGUUUAAGUUACCGUGGUCUGGCACCUACAAUCGGCUGUGCGCCAAUCCAAAGGUUAAUUCACCGUCGUCCGCAACCUUUCAUCAAUGGAGCCAUCCAUUGGCUUGCUUCAGCCAGGAGCAGCAAACCUGCUAGUUAUGGUUACCGACAUUUGGUGUUGUCAUUUGAUAUAAGUAAUGAGAUAUUUCGUGAGAUAAUGCUUCCGGAAAAAGUAGCUUAUCUUUUCCCACCUCUCCUGUCUAUCUCAGUAUACGGAAAAUCACUUGCGGUGUGUUGUUCCUCAUCAGAUUCUUUUCAACAUUCUUUGUGGGUGAUGAAAGAAUAUGGUGAAGUAGAGUCAUGGACCCAAGUUUUAAUAGGACCAAACAUACCAAAACCAUUGGGUUUUACCACGGGCGGCGAGGUAGUAUGGAAAACAGGAAGUGGGAUUGCUUUAUAUGAUCCAAAGAAGCCAAAAAUUAUGAAUCAUAGCGUUGAGGGAAGGUAUUGUUUUGCUGGUUCUUAUAUGGAGAGCCUUGUUUUACUCGAUCCAACAAAACGAGAGAGCAAGAAGGGGAAUAGAAGAGCAACGAAGCAAAAGAUAGUGAUUGACUACUUGGAAACUACCAUAAAGAGAGUGAUCAAGAAGAGGAAAGGCAGAAUAUGA